AUGUCGGGUGUUUUCAAUGGCGAUGAGACUGCUCCCUUCUUCGGCUUUAUGGGGGCUUCCGCAGCUCUCGUUUUCUCAUGCAUGGGAGCAGCUUACGGCACAGCGAAGAGUGGCGUCGGUGUUGCAUCCAUGGGUGUUAUGAGGCCUGAACUCGUCAUGAAGUCCAUUGUUCCCGUUGUUAUGGCUGGUGUGCUUGGUAUUUACGGCCUUAUUAUUGCCGUUAUUAUCAGCACGGGUAUUAACCCUAAGGCCAAGGCCUAUUACUCUUUUGAUGGUUACGCUCAUCUGUCUUCUGGGCUCUCUUGCGGUCUGGCGGGUCUCGCUGCGGGCAUGGCCAUUGGGAUUGUCGGUGACGCUGGUGUCAGGUGCGUAUUUAGGGAUCGGAUCUGA